AUGGGAUUCCUAUUUCUAGCACCACUACUUCUCCACUUCUCCACUCUCCUCCCCGCCGCCAAUUCCCAAAACCCAGAACCCACCACCAGCUUCACCUACAAUGACUGGAGUUCACGGUACCAAAUCCUGAGAGGCGUGGCGUCGGGGCUUCUGUACCUCCACGAGGAAUGGGAGCAGGUGGUUCUCCACCGCGACAUUAAGGCCAGCAACGUCCUCCUCGACGCCGAUCUCAACGGCCGGCUGGGCGAUUUCGGGCUCGCCAGGCUCUACGACCACGGGACCAACCCGCAGACCACGCACGUCGUCGGGACCGUGGGUUACCUCGCUCCCGAGAUGUCGAGGCUCGGGAAGGCGACCACGGCGACCGACGUGUACGCAUUCGGUGUGUUCAUGCUCGAGGUGGCGUGCGGGAAGCGCCCGAUCGACGCGCAGGCGCUUCCCGCCGAGGUGAUCCUCGUCGACUGGGUGAUCGAAUGCUGGAAGCGCGGCGCGAUUUGGGAGGCAGGGGAUCCGAAGCUGGCAGGGGAGUACGCGAGGGAGGAGAUGGCGGCGGUGCUGAAGCUCGGGCUGUACUGCUCGCACAACAUGCCGGCGUUUCGACCCAGCAUGAGGCAGGUAAUGCAGUACCUUGAUGGCGACUGCAACUUGCCCGACGUCCCGCUGGAGAGCUCGGGGAUCGGGGCGUUUGCGAUGGCAGGGAGGGAGACGACGGAGUUCGCCAUGUCGUCGUUCCCUUCCUCCGUCGUUGUCGGUAAGGACUACACCACCGUCGGCUCGUUGUCGAGUACGGAUUCCAUACUCCACGAUGGCCGGUGAGACGACGCGACGGAGGGGGCACUGAGCUUGAUUCUAUGUGUACAGAGUUUCGUACAUACAAAAUGAACCUCUUUAACGAUCCUAAGUCCUAAGUUCUGCACUAGCACCAACGCUGAGAUUUUGUUCUUCCUUUACAACCUAUGUUGUCACCUUUCCACAUUUCACUUACAGUGCCACGUACUCCUUCAAAUCCCUGCAAAUUCACCGUCAAUCCG